AGUAGAAGGUGAAGUCCAGGUAUGCACAGUGAAACCAUCCGCCAAGAUUAUGCAGUAACUGCACCACUUUUCUCCGAUCGUCUCGAUCUUCAGGGCAACGGAGACGACGGCGUCGCGACGCCUCGUUCGCCGAUCGAUAUCCUCGACGAGUACUCGAAGGUUUGCGGCCUUUCAGUCGAGUACAAAAACCUGAGUCCAAGCUACAGCUACAGCAAAAACGUCAAGGUGAAGUGCUGCUUCGCGGGAUUUACAUUCGAUGCUUGCAGCGACUCACGAAAAUCGGCGAAAACUUCGGCGGCUGCCAAAACCCUGCUCGCUCUUGCGAGUCGACAGAUCGACGAGGAAAACAUCGGAGAGCUCACGCCGUUCUCAAGGAAACAGAUCGAGGAGAUAUUGGGCCUGAACACGAGGUGCGGUCACGAGACGCCGAUCAUGAAGCUCUACAAGAUCUGCAUGCAGCUCGACGCCCCGGAGCCGGUUUACCACUCGUUGCAGGAGUCUUCGAACGUCGUUGGAAGUCGAUAUACCAUCAAGUGCGACGCGCUGGGUUACUCAAAGUCGGGUGUCGGCAUCAGGGUUUCCAGCGCGAAAAAGUUAGCCGCUGACCAUGUGCUCCGGAGCUACUUGAACGACCAGAAAAGCACUCCCGCAAAUUCAUGA